AUGUUAAGGGGACUCGAAAGUGAUGAUGUGCCCAAGAGUUUCUUGACCAAAGAGGAAAUCCAGAGAGUGGUCAGGGAAGAACUGGAGCCUGUAAAAUCUUACUUGAAAGAGGUCAACAAAGAACUGAAGGAUGUAAAUUCUCGCUUGGCUGAUCUUUUCGGAAGUCGCAUCCUCGACACUGCCAAAGGUAAAAAAGUGCAACCGAUUUCCUCAUCGGUGAAGGAUGAUGAUACUAUUCAGGGAGAGGUAAGGGAAGAGUCGGAGUCGGAGCACCCAAGUUCUCCAUUUGUUCAGCCUGUAAGAUGUCCUGGCAAACGUCGAAAGAGGGAUGAAGGGAGAAACUUGCAGCUUCAAUUUGAAAAGGGAAUCCCCUCUUUUAUCUAUACUGAGCAGAAACUAACCAUUGAUGUCAAGUUAGUCGAUGCAAACACAGGCGAUAUUGUCAAAUUAGGUCCAGAGUCCUCUGUUAAGGUAGAAGUUGUGGCACUUAAAGGUGAUUCUGAGAUAGGCGGUUAUGAUAAGUGGACCUGGGAAGGAUUCGAGAAAUCUAUAGAGAAAGAACGUGAGGGGAAGGCGCCUCUACUUAAUGGAAGGUUUGUGAAUCUUAACAGAGGGACUGGGGUGCUGGAUAAUGUAAAGUUCACCGACAAUUCAAGCUGGACUAGGAGCAAGACGUUUAGGCUAGGAUUACGGGCAUCACCAGAAUAUCGUGAGACUAUUCAUGAAGCGAUAACGGAGCCAAUCCGUGUGAAGGAGAAUAGAGGACAGUCAAACAAGAAACAUGAUGAACUUGCACCUGGCGAUGAGGUCUGGAGAAUCAAAACUAUUGGGAAGAAUGGACCAUUUCACAAGAAUCUGAGUAAAGAAGGAAUAUGCAAUGUGGGACAGUUUUUCCAGCUACUCAACACGGAGUCUGAUAGAAUGAAAAUUAUUCUUGGAACGACGAUAACACAAAAGAAGUGGGAUGAACUCCGAGGACUCGCAAAAACUUUCCUUCUGAAUGGGAACCUUCACGUGUCUCUUGAUAAUGAAGAUGAUCAUCAAAAUGGCCGUCAACUCACUGACCAUACUGCAGACCGGGUGCAUUGUGCUGCUGACGAAUUUCCACCCAAGCAGGAGGUAACUGGGAAAUUCUACUUUUUCCGAUAUUUGCUAUGCAAUCUGCAAGGGAUAGCCUCCGACCUCGGAGUAUCAGUUAAAUUUACUCUAUAUUUGUCAGCUCUUAUCACACCUUUUCUUGUGGUGUAUAAAUGAA